AUGCAGAAAUCGUAUAAUAUUGCUAUGGUCACCGACUUCUUCUACCCUCAGCCAGGGGGAGUCGAGUUCCACGUCUAUCACUUAUCGCAGAAACUCAUUGAUUUAGGCCACUCAGUCAUCAUCAUCACUCAUGACUACGGCAACAGAACAGGUGUACGCAUGCUAACAAAUGGCCUCAGAGUAUACUACGUUCCACUACUACAAGUUUAUCGAAGCUCGACGGUGCCCUCGGUGUUCACGGCGUUCCCAAUUGUUCGCAAUAUCUUCAUUCGAGAGCAAAUCGAGAUUGUUCACAGUCAUGGAUCUCUCUCCAGUUUAGGAGCAGAAUCCAUGCUCCACGGAAGAACCAUGGGACUCAAAGCUGUUUUCACAGACCAUUCGCUAUUUGGCUUCGCUGACGUGGGGUCGAUCAUGGGCAAUAAGUUGCUUAAGUUCAGUCUCAGCGAUGUCAGCCACGUCAUUUGUGUUUCCCAUACAUGUAAAGAGAAUACUGUUCUACGAGGCUCUCUCGACCCGUUGAACGUUUCAGUGAUUCCUAAUGCAGUUAUUCUGGAGGAUUUUGCUCCUGAUAUUUCUAAACCUCGAGAUCGUUUGAGGAUCACCAUCGUUGUCAUUUCUCGGCUUUUCCCCAAUAAAGGAGCCGACCUACUCACCGCCAUAAUUCCCCGAAUAUGCCACGAACGACCUGAGGUUGACUUCCUAAUUGCAGGAGAUGGGCCCAAGUUCUUGGACUUGGAGCAAAUGAGAGAAAAGUAUUUCCUUCAGGAACGAGUAACUUUAAUAGGUGCUGUCAAGCACGAGAAGGUUAGAGACGUAAUGGUCCAAGGUGAUAUUUACCUUCACCCAUCUCUCACAGAGGCAUUUGGAACUGUGAUUGUGGAGGCUGCAUCUUGCGGUUUGUAUGUUGUGACAACAAAGGUCGGUGGUAUUCCAGAAGUACUUCCACAACAUAUGACCAGUUUUGCUGACCCUGAUGAGGAUUCAUUGGUGGAUGCUGCGAUUGAUGCAGUUGACUUGGUUAGGUCUGGAAGAAUAGAUACCUCUCGUUUCCAUGCUGAAGUGGCUACGAUGUACAGCUGGGCCAAUAUUGCCAAACGCACAGAGAACGUCUACCAUUCGCUCAAUUACCGCAAGAUCAACCAACCGCUAUUGCAGCGAUUGAAAAAGUAUUAUUUCUGUGGUGCUGUGGCAGGGAAACUUUACUGUGUCGUUGUGAUUCUUGAUAUAUUCAUUUAUGCUCUAUUAGAGUACUUCUAUCCCAGAGAGCAUAUAGACUUGGCCUCAAAGUGGCCAAGAAGACGCACUUCACUAACUAAUUAA